GCGGGACCGAAGCGGCUCAGAGACAAACGGUUAUGGAAGCUGGAAACCAUGAAGAAGCUGUGGACGAGGCUGAAGACACAGAUGAGCUGCUCUGUACUGACGUGGACGGAGAGACAGUCAGUGAUUUCACUCUUGGUGCACCUGCUCUCCCCCGAGACCACUGUGAUCUUCUGCUGGAUGCCAUCGAUGCUCAUCUCAGCCGUCUACAGACUCACAGUCAUGGCCAAGUGAAUAGAGGCAAGAGCAAGAUGGAGGCUAUCCUGGGAGCAGUUUGUCUUGACAGGAGUAACUCUGCGAGUAAGGACACUGGCCUGGGCAGCACUGUCCCUUCCACUGAUAAAGCCACCUCUACCCCCGAUGGGUCCAAUUCAGAUCAUCCAGAUCUCUCCCCAGUGGAGGUCAGCAGGGGCAGGAUGGAGCCAGCUGGGCAGCAACAGGACAUCAAUGAGGAACAUUUUGGACUGUGUACAACCCCUUCCUGGCAGACAGGGAGAGCUAGAGGAUCUUGGGACUCCAAGAGUGAGCAGUGUCUGUGGAGGUUGGAAAAACUGCUCGGGAGUAGCACUAAGCAGGUUGGAGUGAAGGAGCAGGAGGUGGAAGAGGAGGACAGCGUGUGCACAGAGGACUUCAGCGCAAGAUUCAGAGAGGAGAUGCUGGAACCGCAAGAGCUGAAUGCAGGCGGAGCAGGCAGUGCUUCAGAUGCUGCCAUCAUCAGCAGCAGCGACACUGGACACCUAAUUCCAUCACAGAUCGUUCAGAACCAGAACACAGUCCAGAACCUCAGUGAGAAAUCAUGCACCAGACACCUUGCAGCUAAACCUCCUGCAUGA